UUGCCACCAAGUAGUGCUAAUUUGUUGGUUUUUUUAUUUAAUAACAACAACAACUUUGAUGGCUCGUGGAUCUAAAACUUCUGGUGUUAGAGGUCCUAACUCGGCGUUGACCGAGUUUUUAAGAGUUGAAGGUAUUACUGAUGGCUUUAGAAAUCGAAGGAAUAGACAAUCAGAACCUGCUGAAUCGGUGCUGGCGCUGCCUGACGUAGAGGAUGAACCACAACCUGUUACUGUGAAUAGACGUAGAGGUAGGGGUCGACUUAGCCGGGCAGUAGAAGAGGAAGAAGAGGAAGAUGUUGAUGAAGACGAUGAAAUUGUUGUGAUGAGAUCUGCUGCCCGAACAAAGAGAAGAUUGGCGAGAAGAAAUGGAGAUGGUCCAGAUUCCGAUUAUAGUUCUGAAGGCAGUAAUUUUUCUGAAGAUGAUAAUGAAAGUAAGAAUAAGAAAUUUGGAGAAAAGGAUGAAUGUGUAGACUGUGAAAACACAUUUCUUAUAUCGGUAUAUUCAAGAUAUGAUGAUGCUAGAAAGGGAUACCUCUGUGAGGACUGUCACGAAGAACUUAAAAAAAGAGAGCGUAAUGCACGUAAGAACCAGUUGAAUGCUCGUCGUAAAAGAAAGAAGAUGGCCCUGGCUUUGCUUGAUAAGGCAGAGGUUAAAGUUCCGUCUCUUCAAGAUGUUUGCAUUAAAAAGAUUACUCAGAAUAUCGACGAUGUGGAUGUUUUGGGAGAUAUUGGACAAGCCAAUAUGAAUAAGAUCUCGAGAAUUUUAUCAAGGAAUAGGUCCAUGAAUAGCACCACGGCAACUCUCUUUCUCCAUCCAGAUUUGAAAACAUUAGAGUUAUGGGAUUGUUCAAACGUAGACUCGGAUGCAUUGAAUAAAAUUGCUCUGUUCUGCCCUCAAUUGGAGUCUCUUACUCUUUUUAUGUGUGGACAUCUUCAUAAUGAUAAUUUGAAGUAUUACAAUGCAAAACUACCGCAUUUGAAGUCGCUUUCAUUAAAUGGGCCAUUUUUGAUUAGUGAUAUUAUGUGGCAAGAGUUUUUUGAAGGUGACAUUAGACUCUCACAAUUUGAAGUGCGAAACACUCAUCGAUUUGGUAAUGAUUCCUUGAUAUCUUUAUUAGAAACCACUGGAUCGAAUCUUACUCUGUUGAAGCUUUCUCGUUUAGAUGGUCUCAAUUCAGCCGCUAUUUAUGAACUCAUUCCUCAUUAUAUCCAACCUAAUAUGUUAAAACAUUUGGAAAUAUCGUACCCAACUGAUGAAGAUUUAAUUACUGAUGAACUAAUGAUCAAUAUCCUAUCCAUUUCAGGUGAGAGUCUAACUCAUUUGAAUGUAGAUGGGUGUACAAGUCUUACUGAUAGAUUUCUAGAAGAGGGUGUUUCAAAGUUCUGCCCCGCCUUGACAUCCUUAUCAAUGAAAUUAUUAGAUCAAGUGACUGAUGCUGGGUUUUCACGUGCAUUUGAUGGUUAUUCAUUUGUCAAUAGUGGAGGUUUGAUUGAUGUUAAUCUCACGAAAUGCACUGGUCUUGAAGAUGGUGCUAUAUACUCCCUUUUCCGUCAUUCUGGACCCACCUUGGUUGAACUUAAUCUUAAUUCAAUUUACAAAUUAACUAAGGACUUUUUCAUUCAAAUAUUUACCGACGACUUGAACCCAAAGAAGAAAGCUUUGAAAGAAGCGGUAGAAGCAGCUAAGGAAACUGAAAGAGAAGCCGAACCACUGGGUACUGAAGAUGAGGACGAAAUACAAGAGUCUCCUCAAAAAUACUUUCUGGAAAUCAAGUUGCCAUUAUUGACUACAUUGGAUGUUGGAUUCGUUAGAGCUGUUGAUAAUGAAGUACUAAACUUGGUAAGUGAAAAGUGUACAAAACUAAAGAUCUUAGAAGUUCAUGGGAACAACAGAUGUACAUCAAGGGCUACGGUUAGAGAAGGACUUCUCAUAAUUGGAAGACAAAGCGAUUGUAUGUAGGUGGGUAAUGUAUGUUUUCGUAUUAUUUUCUAUUAAAAAUAGUAGCAUCAUUUUUUCUUUUGCU